AAUAUUUAUUUAUUUAUUUUUUUUUUGUCAAAAAGGUAUUGUACAAUAUCUUCUCUCUUUCUUUUAAAGAAAUAUUACUUACUAAAAACUUUCAUUUUUUUCUUCUAGCAUAAAACUACAAUUAAAUUAUAUAUAUAAUAUUAAACUUAAAAUAAUGCGUUCACUAAAAAAAGCGACGAUAUUUUUCGUCGCCAUCUUACUUUUAUUUUUAUUAUCCUUUGUUUCUGCAGAAUUAAAUAGAAGAGAUCCACAAGCACCUGGUGACGCACCACCAGCGGGAGGAAAUCCACCAGCAGAUAAUCCACCAGCGGGAGGAAAUCCACCAGCGGAUAAUCCACCAGCAGCAGGAGGCAAAGGAGGAAAUCCACCAGCAGGAGCACCAGAUGCAGGAGGAAAAGCUCCAGCGGGAGGAGCACCAGACGCAGGAGGAAAAGCUCCAGCGGGAGGAGCACCAGAUGCAGGAGGAAAAGCUCCAGCAGGAGGAGCACCAGACGCAGGAGGAAAAGCUCCAGCAGGGGGAAAUCCUCCAGCGGGAGGAGCACCAGCGGCAGGAGGAAAACUUCCUGCGGCGGGAGGAAAACUUCCUGCAGAUGGAACAACAACGGGAACAAAUGAUACAGCAAUACCAAAAAAAAGUGUUAAUCCAUUAACACCAUCAGUUCAAGUCAAUAUGGUUUCUCCAAAAAUGUCAUCAAAGAAUAUACUAUUUAAAAUAGGAUCAAAUAUUACAUUUAAGUGGACUUAUUCUGCAAAGUUUGAUGAUCCACCAAAAACAAUAUCAGCUUAUGCACAACCACAAGUAGAUGCAAAAACUUUUUAUCCGAUAGCACUAAAUCAAACCCUUAAUGAAACGGGACAAGAAGUAACUUGGGUUACGGCUGAUAAUGCAACAUCUUUACCUAUGGCUAAAUAUAAAUUAUGGAUUUGUGACGAAAGGGGACUUGUUGCUCCUGCUUUUCCUGGCGGUCUUCAAGUUUUUUCGGGUUUGGAAUUUGGUUUAUAUAAACCACAAGAUAAUAAUGGUAACUGUCCAACCUGUACUAUUAAUAGCGCUGUUUCAAUUUCAAUAAUUCCUUUAUUAUCUACUAUCGGUUUUACAUUAAUAUCAAUAAUUUCAUUUAAUUUUAUUUUGAUUUAAAUUAUUAAAUUAUUUAAAAAUAAUGUUUAAUAAAUAGAUGAACUUUUAUUCUUUUCUUUUUAAAAGAAAAGGAGGAAAAUUUUAAUCAUGGACUUUAUGUUGAAUUUUAAAAAUUUAUAACAAUAAAUAUUAGAAAAUAUUCUAAAGAAGCCUGUAUUUGGAUAGUGUACUAGAUAAAAUUUAUAUUAUUAUUUCAACAAUAAUUUGUAUUCUAAUAAUUAAUUUAGUUGUAAUGAAAAAAACAAACUGAUUUUUUUUUUAAAAAAAAAAAAAAUUUUGAUAACUUUCAUU